GAAAAAUAAAGCAAGAGUAGGUAUGUGACCCUUUAGAAUUAGAAAACAGCUGGCAGCCAUACGUGAGCUGCUCAAAGUCUCCUACGUGAACUCCUCUCCUUAAUUUGACUUGGUUCAAAAAUUAUAGGAAAAUAAAAUAAUGAAAUAAAAAAGAUUCUGCCAACACUAAAUUGUUUUAUUUCCCUCUAAAUAUCUUGAGAUCCUCCUUUGUUCCAUGACCGAGUCUUUUGGUCUCCCUUUUUACACCACAAAUACCAAACCAACAACAAAAAAAAGUUGAAAAAAUUUAACCAAACAGAAAAGUAAAAGAAAAGGUGUUGAAAAAAUUCCUUUUGCAUACAUUCAUCAUUACUACUAGUAUUAUUUACCCCCCCCCCCCCCCCCAAAACAGCUAAUUUGUUUCUUCUCUUAUCAAUUUUUCACAUUACAUUUCUCUUCUUGAUGUAAUCAUAUUUCAUUUCCAACAGAAAGAAAGAGAAACAAACACUAAAAAAACUAAAAGAAUAGAAUAUGACAAUUAUGUACUCUUCUCCUUGGGGCAGUCACCAUUUUUCACACAACCAAUUUCAUUAAAUGUAACAUCUUGUUUUUGGGUACUACAUAUUAUGGGUUGUUGGUGAGUUAUGUAUUUCUUUUAAAGCUUGGUCUACAAGUCUUACAUAAGAAGCUCAUUUCAUAUCUCAACUAUCUAUCCAAUUAUGGGUGAUGAAAGGAAAACAGGUUGUGGCCUGUUGAACGCUGUUUUUGGAAGGAAAACUAUGUGGACAAAAAGAUCGACAUCAACAGGUUCGCUUCCAACUCCAAAUUCCAGCAAUGGUAACAAUUUAACGCGAUCAUCUAGUACUCAAAAUUCUAAAAAGCAUCGGAAUGGAUCCAACGAGGCUUUUUUAGACAACGAGAAACAAGCUGAUAGGAUCAUACCAAGACCUAAUCCAAAUCAAUCCAAAGUAGCUGCGAAUAAGGGUAAUGUGCAAGGUGCUGCUGCUGCACCUGUUUAUAAUCAGCAGAAAACUAAUGGUCAAGGGUAUAAUAAUCAAGGAAGAAAAGUAGUUCCGCCAUCAACCGGGAUAUCAGGGGAGCUUGAAAACAUGAUACAAGAUCAUCAAAGAUCAAAUGGUGCUAAUACAUUAGUUCGUGCAUCGUCUAGCAAUGUGAUGUUGUUUGGUAAUUUGGGUAACAUAAGGCAGCAAGGUGGGGGCAAUGCUACAACAACUUCAACAGCGAAUCAUGUUCUUGAUUAUUUACCAAGAACGGCUAAAGAAGAACCACAACAACAACCAUCUCAGAAUGGGAAAUACCCGACGAGUGUUAUGGGUAAUGUAGUAAAGAAAAAGGGUGAUCAAGAACAGGGGAAAACAGGGGGCUCUGUUUCCCUUUGUCGCGCUUUAUCCACUAGAAUGGACCCUGAGCAAUUGAAGAUUCUUGGAAAUGAAGAUUACAAGAAUGGAAGAUUUGCUGAGGCUUUAGCUUUGUAUGAUGCUGCAAUUUCAAUUGAUCCAAAUAAGGCUUCUUAUCGAAGCAACAAAUCCGCUGCUUUGACUGCUUUAGGAAGGCUUCUAGAAGCUGUUUUUGAGUGCAGAGAAGCUAUAUCAAUUGAUCCUCAUUAUCAAAGAGCUCAUAAUCGUUUGGCCACUCUAUGUGUCAGAUUAGGAGAUACAGAGAAAGCUAUGUACCAUUACAAACUAGCUGCAUCAGAAGCUGAUCCUGAUGUUGUGACAAAGUCUAAAUCUAUUCAAAUGCAUCUUAGCAAGUGUACUGAAGCGAAGAGGCAAAGAGAUUGGAACACUCUUCUUAAAGAAUCUGCCCUCGCCAUAUCGGCUGGUGCAGAUUCUGCACCACAGAUAUUUGCUUUGAAAGCGGAGGCAUUGGUGAAGCUCCAUAGAUACCAUGAAGCAGAUCAAACUCUGAAGCAUGGUCCGAAUUUUGAUAUCGAUGAAUGUAUAAAGUUCUUUGGCCCUAUUGGCAACGCAGGCUUGUUAGUCAUUCAAGCUCAAGUUGACAUGGCUGCUGGCAGGAUUGACGAUGCCCUAGCAGCGGCUCAACGAGCAUCGCAACUAGAUGGGAAUAACAAGGAAGUGAACAUGAUAGUUAGGAGGACAAGGGGAGUAGCAAGUGCUAGAACAAAGGGAAAUGAGUUGUUUAAAGGUGGAAAAUAUGGAGAUGCUAGUGUUGCUUAUGGUGAAGGACUAGAGCAUGAUCCACACAACUCAGUUUUAUUGUGCAACAGAGCAGCUUGCAGAUCAAAACUUGGCCAAUUUGAGAAAGCACUUGAGGAUUGCAAUACUGCCCUUAAUGUUAGACCAUCUUUCACCAAAGCUAGGUUGAGGAAGGCUGAUUGUUACUUUAAGAUGGGAAAAUGGGAAGCAUGCGUACAAGAAUGUGAAGUGUUGAUAAAGGAGACACCAGAAAAUGAGGAUGUGGGACAAAUGAUUAAGGAUGCCCAACAACAACUCAAAAAAUGAGGAAUUUGUCAAAGACAUGAAGAGCAUGAACACCACACAAUGACAUUUAUGGUUGUCCAUAACAAAGUAAUUUGAAUUGUAUCAUCACUUGUUUGUUCAAUUCCAAUCCCUCCAUAAAAGGAAACAAAAGGGUCAAAUAUAGAAAAAAAAAAGUGGUAGGGAAGGGAUUAAGUGAAGGAUUUAUAAAGGUCUUUUAGGGAACAAAGAAAAUAGAUAAUGGGAGAAAGAUCAAAGGAUUAAGAGGCUUGAGCUAGAAAAUAGGAUUUGGUAGGCUAUAUUGGCUCAUAUCUUUAGGGAAAAAAGAAAACAAAAUUAAAGAAAGGAAUUCAUUAGGGUGCUUUAGAAACAAAAAAAAUUAAAGCACUAUGAAUUUUUAGUGAAUGAGAACAAUUCUUUUACAUUUGAUGCAUUUUCUUAAUAUGUAAUCAGUUUGUUUAACAUGGUUUUCCCGACUCA